AUGAGUUUGCGGGAAGAGUUGCCAUAUCGUGUGGAGUACGCGAAGUCGGGUCGCGCCUCAUGCAAGUCAUGUAAGGAUCCGAUCGCUAAAGACUCGGUACGGCUGGCAGUGAUGGUUCAGUCGCCCUUCUUCGACGGUAUGCAACCCAAUUGGCAUCACUUCCAGUGCUUCUUCCAAAGAUGGCGGCCGCGACCCGAAGAGAUCGCUCACUUCGCGUCACUCAAGUACGACGACCAGAAGCGGAUCCAGAAGGCCUGCGACGACGCCUCCGGAGUGAUCGCAGACACGGGUAAAGCCAAUGGCAAGAAGUCGCGCAAGAAGAAGGCCGACACCGAUGGCGGAUCAGCUCCGGCGCUGACCAAUGGGACCCAAUUGGCCGAAUUCAAAGUGGAGUACGCGAAGAGCAAUCGCUCGAAGUGUCGAUUGUGUGAGAAUACGUGCGUCAAAGACACCGUACGGAUCAGUCGAUUGGACAGGGAGUCGGCCGACGCCAAGCGGUACGGACCGCUCGACCGCUGGUUUCACGUCGAGUGCUUCGCCAGCGCUCGCGAGAGUCUUAAGUACUUCGCCUCCGGAGACAAACUGCCAUUCUUUGACAAAUUGGCCGAAGAGGACCGCAAAGAGAUUAAGAAGAAGAUACCGGCCAUCGAUCCGCCGCUGGCAGCGGCCGCUGACGCCAUUGAUAGCGCGAACGGAUCGCCCGCUAAGAAGCCAAAGAUCAGUAACGCCGACGAGAAGAAGCUGAAGAAACAGUCGGAUCUGCUCUUCAAAUACCAGGAAAAUGUGAAGACAAUGAAAAAACAGGAUCUCAUUGACCUCAUGGAAGCCAAUAAGAUUGAGAUACCAGAAGGUAUGCCCUCGAAGUACGAGCGGGUGUCCGACGCCAUGGCAUUCGGGGCGCUGGCGAAGUGUCCCGAGUGUAAGAAAGGACAACUCGUCUUCCGGAUCAGUGGCUAUAUCUGUACGGGAAAUGUGAGCCAAUGGGCGAAAUGCGAAUACGAGACCACCGAUAAGCCGAAGAGGAAGCCCUUUAAAGUGCCCAAAGAGUUGGCCGAAGAGUACGCCUUUCUCGCCAAAUACAAGUACGAACCGCGCGAUCGGAUCUAUAACGCGGUUCUUAAGCACGCCAUUGAGAACCCAAAGCCCUCCACUUCGGGCAUCACUGAUGGCGUGUUCGCCAAGAAGGAGGACACCAAUGGCGGCGGCAGUAGUGGACCCGUUCUGGCGCUCAGCGGCUAUAAUAUAGGUUUAGUCGGAAAAGUGAAGACAUCGAAAGCCAAACUCAAGCCACGACUGAAGACAUUGGGCGCCACUCUCGUUGACCGCAUCGACAGAACCACUCUCUGUAUUAUCUCAACGAAAGCCGCGGUCGACAAAGAGAGCGAACAAAUAACUGACGCCAAAGACCUAUCGGUUCCCAUAGUGUCGGAGGAAUUCCUGGUGGCGGUGGAGAAGGACUCGAAUCCCAUUCAAGCGAUUAGUUUGAAUCGUUUGGACGACUUCGAGGUCGACGUCGAGAAGAGGUUCGCGAAUCUGAACGUCAAGGAGAAGAUGAAGACUGCGUUCAAAUCGGGCGCCGGUUCUGGCCGUUUCGAGAAGAGUGGCGGCAAACAGAAGAUGGUUCUCAAAGAGGGCAAUGUUGUGGACCCGGAGUGCGAAGUGGCGGACGUCACACACAUCUAUAAACAGGGAUCAGACGUAUACAGCGUUGUCUUAAGCGCUGUGGAUCUGUCAAAGAACAGGAACUCCUUCUAUAAACUGCAACUUCUUGAACACGACACCAAAAAGACCAAGUAUUUCGUGUUCAAAGCGUGGGGACGGGUGGGCACAACCAUCGGCGGCACUACACUCGAGAAGUUCUCGACAGUGAGCGACGCCAUCGACUACUUCACCGAACACUACGUCGACAAGACUGGGAACGAGUGGUCGGCGCGACACCACUUCCAGAAAGUGCCCGACAAGUACUUCCCGGUGGACAUUGACUUCGGCGGCGAUCAGACCGACUCGAUGGCCAAACUGGAGGUCGGGAAGCGGUCAAAGUUGGCGCUCUCUGUCCAGGACUUCAUUUGCUCCAUAUUUGAUGUGCAGAAGAUGAAGGAACAGAUGUUGGAGUUCGAGCUGGACAUGGAGAAGAUGCCGUUGGGUAAGCUGUCGAAGAAGCAACUGCUGAGCGCGUGCUCUGUGCUGAAGAAGUUGUCCAAAUUGGUGGUGAAAACGCCGCCCAACACAUCCCAACUGAAGUCGGCCACCAAUGAGUUUUAUACACUGAUUCCUCACAACUUUGGUACCGAACGGCCGCCGCUGAUCGACACGGAGGCCGCCAUCAAGACUAAGAUGGAUAUGUUGGACGCGUUGCUCGACAUUGAGAUGGCCUACGAUAUGAUCACUUCGGAGAACAAACCCGACGCCGAAGACUUGGAUCCGAUCGAUCAGCACUACAGGAAACUGAAGACAACGAUCGAGCCGUUGAGCAAAGAGGAGGAAGAGUUCGAGAUAAUUGAGAAGUACUUGAAGAAUACUCACGGCUCGACCCAUCACUUCUCGCUGGACAUUGUGGACGCGUUUAAGGUCGAGCGCGAGGGCGAGUCGGAGCGGUUCCAGAAGCACAAGGACUCGGAUAAUCGGCUUCUUCUAUGGCACGGCUCCCGUGUGACCAACUUUGCGGGCAUUCUAUCGCAGGGCCUCCGCAUUGCGCCCCCGGAAGCCCCGGUCACGGGCUAUAUGUUCGGCAAAGGUAUCUAUUUCGCAGAUAUGGUCACAAAGAGUGCCGGCUAUUGUCACUAUCAGUCCAAUAAGAAUGUCGGCUAUUUGUUGCUCAGCGAAGUGGCCAUCGGAGAGACUUGGGAUCUAAUGGACGCCAAAGACGUGACAUCACUGCCCAAAGGGAAGCAUAGCGUGAAAGGUGUGGGACAGACACAGCCCGACCCCAAGACGUAUCACGUGAUGCCUAACGGGACUCGAGUGCCGUUCGGCACAGCCGUCAAGAGUGACCAGAAGUGUUCGCUUUUGUACAACGAGUUCAUUGUCUACGAUAUAAAUCAAGUGAACGUCAAAUAUCUGCUGAAAUGUCAGUUCAAAUCGAAAAUGUUUUAAAACACUAUAAUUGCUAUAAUUGUCACAACAAUUGCUAUUAAAUUAAUACUAUUUUUCUUAUAAAUCGUUGAUAUGUUUUGAAAUCAGUUAAAAAUUAUUGAUUUUGUUUUUUUUUUGCCAAAAAAUUGAA